AUUAUUGUCGAUGUCUCUGAAGAUGAUGCGGCUCGUGGUGGCGUUUGGUCUAUUUCUUGCAUGCCACUCCUUUACAUUGCCGUGGCAUCUUCCGGAACUGUUCAAACAUCGACCCGAGUGGGACGCCCUCAGAGUAAGAUGGGGGCUGAAUUUGUUCAAUGAAAACAAUUUCCGAGGUCUUCCUAGGCGGGAGUCCGAUGCACAUGAUGCUAGAUAUGUGCUGCUAAGUGAUGAAUGUAGAGCAACUGAAACACCACAUCCAUCAACACCUACAUCAGCCCCACCAGCAACUGAAACACCACAUCCAUCAACACCUACAGCAGCCCUACCAGCAACUGAAACACCACAUCCAUCAACAACUUCCAAUACUCCUUAUCCCAUAACAGAAGACCACGGAAUUUCAGUAAAUAGCAGCCAGAGAAAAUUAAAACGACCUCUUCAUUAUCCAUAUGUCGAGGAUGGUGACUUCAUUUUCUUCACAGUUUACUUCAUUGAACCAGAGCGCAUUUGUAGUCGAGAACAUGCCAGAUUUGUCGAUGAUUUCGAGCAUUGGGGAACUGGAUCAGGCCUUUUCAUUCAGAAUGGGACUGAUGCAGGUUCAUACAUACAGAUACCGCGUGACGAGGUCGAAUUACGUCAUGAACAUUGGAAAGCAGAAAAAUGCUUCUGGACCCUAGGUCGGAUCUUUAGUUACAACUUCCAUGACGAUCAGGAUUGCCAAUCCCAAUUUCCCUUGUUGUUGAACUAUAACCAUGGACGAUUGACGGGGUUCUCACUGCUUUGGAAGCUGGAUUUCUCUUCCUGCAAUUUAGAACAUCCAGACAAAGGACUUCUGCGGUUCAUGUUUGAGAAAGUCCCCAAGUGUUACUAUGAGAUGGGGCGCUUGACAAAGCUGCAGUUCUUCUUCACCAACGACUACUUAUCUCAUCAAUAUUUUCUCGAAACAGAAGAAUGUCUGCGGACACUGAAGACGAUGCAGAAACUGAUUCUGGCAGUCCUCAUUUGUAUCGGAGAGGUAUCUUCACUACCGCUUAAUACUUCAUUGGAAGCGGGAAUUCGAAGACAGAAUUUUCAGCUCCCGCAAAAUUUUGUUUGGAAUACCUGGGAAGUAUUCCAGAAAAAUGGCAACUGGCAUCCAGGAUUAAUGGAUGAGUGGGACGGAACGGACCAGGACUCUCCCAUAGCUGAUCUUUUACAGACCAUGGUCUUCUAUGACAGCCAUGGAAUUCCCCAUAAGACGAAAACGGUGAUUCAUGAAUUGAUGCAUGCUAUUGGUCAGAUGCAUGAACAACAGAGGUCUGAUCGGGAUCAGUAUAUAGACAUACUGUAUCAGAACAUCCCACAGAGUGGUCGAAACAACUUCGACAUCAGCAAUACAUUUGAUAGAACGCCGUAUGACGUGGAGUCUAUUAUGCAAUAUCCAUUAACGUCAUUUUCACAAACUGGUUCUAAGACUAUGGUUCUGAAAGACGCCAGGCUAGAGGCGUUGAUAGAUACAGCAAAGACAUUCACUCACAGUGACAUAGAGGAAAUCACGCUGGCUUACGAAUGUGCAGCUGGAUGUCAGAAUCCCCCGAGCUGCAAGAACGAGGGAUUUGUCGCCCAUACCUGUCAGUGCCUGUGUCCCCCGGAUCUGAGCGGUGCUACCUGUGAACAAGUGAAAAGUGACAGCGAUUGUGGUGGCGUUAUCAAUUUGAGUUCAGGGCAAAUGCAGGUUAUUGAAUCUCCCGGAUACCCUAACGCAGUUGCCAGCGACAAGGAAUGCGUUUGGUUGAUUAGGGGACCGAGUGGAUCCAAUAUCAAACUCGGAAUAGAAGAGCUUAACAUAGCAAGAAAUGAUCUGAAUGCUCAAUGUCAUCAUUGGAUAGAAAUACGAUACAACAGGGUCAGUCAAACUGGCAUAAGGCAAUGUAACAAGAAAACCAACGAAACGUACAGAACAACUAACGACGGAGAGAGAAACCUGUUGCUUGUUAAGUUUGACAGCCGCUUUAGAAAAGACAUCCAAUCGUCACCAGGACAAAUGUUCAAGUUUAAAGUUGAGGUCGAGGGCGGGUCCUCUUCAAAUCCAUGUGAUCCAAAUCCUUGUCUGAAUUCUGGAUCGUGUAACGUGGUUGGUUCAACCUUUGACUGCGCAUGCGCCGCAGGUUGGACUGGAACAAUCUGUGAUGUACCUGUUCUUUCCUGUCAACCCAAUCCGUGCCAAAAUGGCGGAACCUGUCAAAUUAUUGGAAACAGUGUGUCAUGUGACUGCCCACCUGGAUGGCAAGGACUAAACUGUGAAACUUCGUCAGUAACAACAACUACUACCACCACCACAAGUUCACCACCCGGAAAUACCAUGCUGUGUGAUUUUGAAUCAAACUCCUGCUGGAUGGACUUAUAUGGAAAUAUUUUUAUUCGAACGGCUUCUGUGAAUGUGGAGCCUCAUUCAGCGUUUGGAGGUACAACGAGAUACGCCUAUGUUUUACCUGGCUCUUCAUUCUCGCUUUGGUCCCCUUCCGGUGCCCUCAGCAACAUGGAAUACUGCAUAAGCUUUGGAUUCUACAUCUCUGGAUUCUCCCCUUCGCUGGGGGUUUACCAUCGGAACAACUUCCAACAAAAUGAAUAUCUCUGGCAUUUUAAUCAAAAUACUUAUGGUUACUGGUAUUCGGUACAAAUACCGUUUUACGGUACAACAUCUGAUCUGCUUACAAUAUAUGGUUCCAUUGGCAGUGGAGUUCUUGCUAUUGAUGAAGUACGUUUGAUCAACGGAAUGUGUCCCAGCAAUGGAAAAUAGUGAAAAUCAUUUCAUUUGUCAUAGUAGAAUAAAAGUUUGUUCAAUUU